AUGUGGCGGGAGGCGACGGCCGACCUGCAGCUCCCGCCGUCGCUGCUGCAGCAGCCCCUCGUGCGCGGCGUCGUCGGCGCCGCCUACCACCACUACGGCGCAUCGUCAUCGUCGUCGUCGUCAUCCGGGGGCCCGUCCGCCACGUCGCCGUCCCGCUCGCCCAUCGACCACGCGUACCUGCCCUCCCCGUACGACGUCCAGCACGCGCGGCUCGUCCUCGUGCGCGGCCUCGGCCUGCCCGUCGAGCUCGUCGACCUCGUCAUCGACGCCGCGCAGUACUGGCCCGCCGUCGUGGGCACCACCGAGGCCGUCGGCGCCGUGUCGUUGCGGUCGGGGACGGGUGGCGGUAGCAGCAGUGGUGGUGGGGCCUCCGGCGGUGGUGGUGCCGGCGCCGGCGCGGGGGAGAGGCGCGGGAGCAGGGGCCCGGUGGGGAUCAAUUUCGGGGGCAGCGGGGUGGUGAGGGCGAGCGACACGAGGAGGAACAAGGCGGCGCAGCUGGUGGUGGUGACGGGGGCAGUGCCGGGGGAUGGGGAGGUCCUGCCCGGGGGCGGGAGGGGGAAGGGGUGGGAGGGGCUGAGGAAGCUAACGCCCCUCACCCCACCAACACUAGGCAGCUACCACGGCUCCUCCUCCUGGUUCGACGCCUGCAUCCUCCGGCCCCUGCCCGCCUCGACCCCGCGCCCGCCGCUCGCCGCCGACGUGGCGUCGCGCAUCGAGCAGCUCCACCAGCGCUUCGGCCCGCCCGCCUCGGAGCCCUUCCCCACCUUCCUCGUCGGCAACCUCCUCUCCCACGACCCCGAGGACGCCCGCGACUUCCUCCGCUCGCUCGGCUGGGACUUCGUCGAGCGCGUCGAGCGCGUCGAGGUCGACGGCGAGGUCGGCGAGCGCCGCGGCGUGCUGUGGAAGGUGCAGACCAACGUCGUCGCCUCGACGGAUUAUCACGUGCAUGAGGGCGAGUGGCGGAGGAGCAACGAGCAUUAUUGGGAGGCGCGGGGGGAGGAGGGGGGUGAGGGGGAGGCGGAGGCGGAGGGCGCGGCUGUGGAGACGGGUUGUGGGGACGGGCUCGGUUUUGUGGAUGAGAUGAAGGUCGGGGAUAGGGUGGGCAUUUGGGCCAGAGCGAUGUUUCCCGGUUGGGUGAAUGAUGUCGACGAGGUCAGUGUCGAAAUCAGGUAUUCUGUCUAA